AUGGACCCUCGACCCUCAGCGCCGCCGAAGCGUCGCCCGUUCGAUCUGUACACGGGCGACCGCUCGAGGACGGUGAAGAUCCAGCACAACGCGGGAAGAGGCGGGUGCUUCCCGUUGCAUUACGACAACCCGGGACCGCCGUCGUCGCGCGCGUUGACGUGCAUUCUGUACUUAAACCCGGACUGGAGCGAAGGCGACGGCGGCGAGCUGCAGUUGAUUCCGUUUCUUCGCGCGCCCGUCCGCGUGAACCCGCGGCACGGUCGUCUGGUCGUCUUCCUCUCCGACCACGUGCUGCACAAGGUGCUGCCGAGCGAGGUGGAGCGGUUCUGCCUCACGAUCUGGCUCGACGGCAGCGUCAACUCUCCGAGAGACACGCGCCUCAACCUGCCCCCGACGGCGUUGAAGGACAUCAAAAAGACCGCGGACGCGUUGCACGGGUCCGCGUCGCAGAGAGCGCUGUCGCGCGCGGUGUACCCGGACGAGUACGAGAAGAGUCUGCUGGACUGCAUGGGCGGCGUCGACGGCUGCGCGGAGAUGCUCGAGUCGCACGCCGCGCACCUGAGGGCGCUGAGCGGGAAUAAGCCGCUGAAGAUGCUCGUGGACGCGCUCAGGAAGAGGAAGGCGGAGACCGCGGACGCGGAGCCGGAGAUGGUCGUCGAGUAGAGAGAGACGAGACUGCUUCCCAUACGACCCCGUUCGCGUGGUGCACGCCGUUCCUUGAGGACUUUUCCCGUCAACGCGGGCGGGCGGGCGGGCGGCGACGCGGCGAAGGAAGAGACGGACGACGAGACGCGACGAGACGCGACGACGCCGACGACGGCUGGAGUUACAAACGAACGAAGAAUCGAAUGACAGGAUGAAGAGAGCGCGACGAGCGAAGCGAAGCGACGGACGGACGCUUCCUCCUCUCCCUCCCGAACGACGGAUCAAAGACCGGGGGAACACGCCCCCUCAUCCUCCUCCACCUCGUCGCGGAGCUCUUCUUUAGACGGUGACUAACAACCUGACGUUGUUGACAUCCAACUCCUCUUUAGACGGUGACUAACAACCUGACGUUGUUGACAUCCAACUCCGCGGGAGAGGAGCUGAUGCUCCCUUCCUUAGGAUUGUAAAACUGCUUCCCCAUCGCGAUCGUGGCCUCGAUCUCCGC